AUGGACAGCUGGCUGUGGGGUGCCUGCGUCCUCUGCCUGCUGGGGCCGUUACCAGUCGUACUGGGCCAGGUGCAUCCAGAAUGUAACUUCAUCCCACAGUUGAGAGAGGAAGAGAGUGCCUGUCUACACACAGCCCAGGGGAUGCCCAACACCACUCUGGGCUGUCCUAGGACCUGGGACGGGCUGCUGUGCUGGCCAAUGGCAGGCUCUGGAGAGUGGGUCACCCUCCCCUGCCCGGAUUUCUUCUCUCACUUCAGCUCAGAGCCGGGGGUAGUGAAGAGGGAUUGUACCAUCACAGGCUGGUCUGAGCCCUUCCCGCCUUACGCUGUGGCCUGCCCUGUGCCGCUGGAGCUGCUGGCCGAGGAGAGAUCUUACUUCUCCACGGUGAAGAUCAUCUACACCAUGGGCCAUAGCGUCUCUUCUGUAGCCCUCUUUGUGGCCAUCAUCAUCCUGGUUGCUCUCAGGAGGCUCCACUGCCCCCGGAAUUACAUCCACACCCAGCUGUUUGCUACCUUUAUCCUCAAGGCGGGAGCUGUGUUCCUGAAGGACGCCACCCUCUUCCACGGCGACAACACGGACCACUGCAGCUUCUCCACUGUUCUGUGCAAGGUCUCCGUAGCCACCUCCCAUUUUGCUACCAUGACCAACUUCAGCUGGCUGCUGGCCGAGGCCGUCUACCUGACCUGCCUGCUGGCCUCCACAUCCCCUGGCUCAAGGAGGGCCUUCUGGUGGCUGGUUCUUGCUGGCUGGGGGCUGCCCAUGCUCUUCACUGGCAUGUGGGUGGGCUGUAAGGUGGCCUUCGAGGAUACUGCGUGCUGGGACCUAGACGACAGCUCCCCCUACUGGUGGAUCAUCAAAGGGCCUGUCGUCCUCUCUGUUGGGGUGAACUUUGGGCUUUUUCUCAACAUUAUCCGCAUCCUACUCAGGAAACUGGAGCCAGCUCAGGGCAGCCUCCAUGCUCAGUCUCAGUACUGGCGUCUCUCCAAGUCAACACUUCUUCUCAUCCCACUGUUUGGAAUUCACUACAUCAUCUUCAACUUCCUGCCUGACAAUGCUGGCCUGGGCAUCCGUAUCCCCCUGGAGCUAGGACUGGGCUCCUUCCAGGGCUUCAUUGUUGCCGUCCUCUACUGCUUCCUCAACCAAGAGGUGAGGACUGAGAUCUCACGGAAGUGGCAUGGCCAUGACCCUGAGCUUCUGCCAGCCCGGAGGACCCGUGCUAAGUGGACCAUGCCUUCCCGCUCAAAGGCGAAGGUGCUGACCUCUGUGUGCUAG